UUAUUCGUAUAAUCCAUCUUUGUUGCAAUCACAAGUCACCAUUAUUUUAUUACCGUUCUUCCCUUUUUCAGCUUCUUACUUGAACUAAACUUUGCGUUCUUCUUCUUCCCUGGUUUUCUCCAUUUCUUCAUAAAAUUCCAAUCUUUCCAUUCAUUUCAAUUUCAUAAAGAAAACAAAAAAUUUAAAAGAAAAUGCUGUUUUUCUUGGUUUCUUUCCUCUCAUUUCUUCUGCUUCUGCUGAAGCCACAGCAAAGUUCAAAAUCAAUGUCGAAUUUGUGGGAAUCACUGAAGAAAUUGGGCGUUUUGGUAACCAGAAAAAGGCCAAGAUUAGGGUUUCUUGAGGAGAGAGAAAGCAAUUAUGAUGAUGAGAGAGAAGAAGAAAAGAAAGGGUUUUGUCUUGUGGAUCUGCCUGAUUUGGCUCUGGAUUCGAUUCUGGAGAAGCUUCCGCCAUUGGAGCUCUGGAGAAUGUGUGGCGUGUGCAGAUUGAUGAGAGAGAAAGGCAAAAGUGAGCACUUGUGGGAGAAGCAUUUGCAGCAGAAAUGGGGAGGUCUCAUUAAUGGCGAUUCUUACAAGGAGUGGAUGAGAUCACAAGCUGUUGUCCCUACCACCUCUAGAGUGAGAAAGGGCGGGUUUCUCUCUCCUCUGAUGUCCAUUUUCGGCCACAGAUUAGAUCAUAAUAAUAAUGAUGAUGAAGAUCACAGAAGCUGUUCUUCUUUCUCUCUCAUGAACUUCUACUUGUCUCUUGAAUCUGGAAAGUUUUGGUUCCCAGCACAGGUCUUUAACAGAGAAAAUGGUCAUGUUGGAUUUAUGCUGUCAUGUUAUGAUGCCAAGCUGAGUUAUGAUUCAACAAGGGACAAAUUUGUUGCUAGGUAUCCGGCGCGGGGUAGAACUGUAAUUGAGGAAGGGAUCGAAUGGGAUCGGAUAAGGGCGCCGAGCGUCAACACCCCUCCGAAUGUUCUUCACAUUUCCAAGUGUUUGGACAACCUUAAACCCGGCGAUCACAUCGAAAUUCAAUGGAGGAAAAACAAAGAGUUCCCAUAUGGUUGGUGGUAUGGAAUUGUUGGGCAUCUUGACUCUUGUGGUCGAAAUUCUUUGGAUUUCAAUUUCAAUUGCCUUUGUCACACCAAUGAAACGGUGGUUUUGGAGUUCAAGCAAUACAGCGCGGGAUCACGGUGGAGGAGAGUGACGGUGGAGCGCAAAGAUCACCGGGAAAUUGGGAACGAGACUGACGGAUUUUACGGCGGAAUCCGAAUGCUUUGUAGAGAAGAGGAAAUUGCUAAAUGGAAACAUUUUUUCCCAAAAUGUACAAUCGAAUGAAUUGAACUGACCUGAAUCGAAUCGAAUUUGUGUAACUUAGGAAAUCAGAUGAGAUCAGGCUUUGUAUGUUUUUUUGGUGCAUCCUUUUUGAUGAGGAUGCUUAAGCC